AGAAAAAUUAGGAAGAGGGGAGGGGGAGGGGUGAAAGGGAUAGAUAGAAGAAGAGUUUAGCAGCAGAGCACCUCACCGACUCAGCAGCAAUUUGCCAGUUUGUACGCUCUCUCUUUCUUCUGUCGUCUCUCCCCCCUCUCUCUCUCUCUUGGGCCACCGCUAAUUCCUUCUCCUGGGGUUCAAUGCUUGAGGGAAGUAAUUGAGUGCAGUAAAAGAAAUAAAAGCCCUAGAAAAAUUUUGGAUCAAGAUUGUGAGUUUUCAUUCUGGAUUUGAACUAGAACCCGGAAAUUUAUUAGCUUUUGUGUAUAUAAGAGUGUAGAUUUUAGAUGGCUUUUGAUCAGAAUUCAAUACCAAAAGAUUUGCGCCCGUUGAAUGUAGUUAGAACAGUGCCCGAGGACCACCGCAUUGCCACAGUGACCUCGUCGGCGAGGCCUGUUGAGGGGUUUUACGGGAACCCUCCUCGCGACGGUAGCCCUAGUUCUUCUCAGGCUGUUUAUUACCCUUCUACCGUGUCAGAGUCUGGGUUUGUUGGUCUGGGAUUUGCUGGAAAUGGUGCUGUUCCCGUUCCUGUUCCUGGGGCAGUCCAGGUUCCUGUUCCUGGGGUUCCUGGGUGGGUCCCGCGCAUGGUGCCUCUGCCCCCAUCAGGGGUAUUGGCUGCCGGUGGGGUGGAUUUAGGAGAUUCGUCUUUUCAUAGUCGAGGAAGGAGUGAGGGCACAGUUUCUGAUCAAGCUAGUGAUGGGUGUGGUGAUGAUUCUGUUUCAGGGAAGAAGGUCAAGUUUUUGUGUAGUUUUGGGGGGAAUAUAUUGCCAAGGCCAAGUGAUUCUGCAUUGAGAUAUGUUGGUGGGCAGACUAGGAUUAUUAGUGUAAGGAGGGAUAUCAGUUUUCCUGAUUUGUAUCGGAAAAUGGUCGAUAUAUAUGGACAGAAUGUGGUCAUUAAGUAUCAGUUGCCUGAUGAGGAUCUUGAUGCUCUUGUAUCAGUUUCUUGUCCUGAUGAUCUUGAGAAUAUGAUGGAUGAGUAUGAGAAGUUGCUUGAGAGGUCUCUGGAUGGGUCUGCUAAGUUGAGGGUAUUUUUGUUUUCUGCAUCUGAGGUUGAUUCAGUGGGUAUGGUCCACAUUGGUGAUUGGCAUGAUAGUGGGCAGAAGUAUGUCGAGGCAGUGAAUGGUUAUGUGGAUGUUACUGGCAGACCUGCAAUCACGAGGAAGGAGAGUACUGCUAGUGCAACUUCCACUCACAGUUCGGAUGUGAACGGGUCCGAGGCUGUUGACAGCACAGCCCGUGGAUCAGGGGAGAUUACUGGUCCACCAUCUACUUGUGUGUUGUCUCCAAGGGAGUUGAAUUCAACCGCUUCUCAAGAAGCUUUGACAAGAACGUCAGGUUUUGAUCCAAGUCCUGCAGUUUCUGCUGAAGCUUCUGCUGUUCCACCUAGUAUGCUAGUGAGUAACUCUGGUCAUUCACCUUCAUCUGCUAAUGUGGAGAAUGAGUUGGCUAAAAUUGUGACUGCUAAUGGGCAGCAAAAAAUGGGGUAUGAAAUGCAGCAAGUGGAGGCAACUAUUCCAGCGCCUUCUCCUUACUUGCAUCCUUACAUGGAUCCCCAGCAAGAAACUGGUAUCCGUUCGGAUUAUGUUCAGAAUCCUGCUCAGAUGGGUUUCCCUACACAGCUUUUGGGGACUGUGGCACCUGUGUUUGCCCAACAGCAUAUCAGUCCUACAGGUACCACCCAUCAGCAGUUUUUUCCUGCAGUUCACAUGACUAUGGUUCCUUCCUCUCAUGUCAGCAUGAAUCCAAAUCUGGUUCAACCUAUGGUUCAACCACAGCAAAUCCUGUUGGAGCCUUAUCCUACGGAAAGCCAAUUAGGUCAGAGAAUUGUCCAUGCUCCUGCUGACCCAGGUUAUAAUGCAUUUCAUCCUCCAGUUCCUCAUACAUUGCUGGGUGGAGCUUAUGGCUGGCAUCAGAUCCCCCAAACAGAACAUGUGGCCUACUCUGAAAGUUAUGUGCCUCAUCAGCAGGCAUUAGCUCCUGACAAUUUCCCACGAUUUGAGGACUGUUACAUGUGUCAAAAAGCAUUACCUCAUGCCCAUUCAGACACAUUAGCACGAGAUCAGAAGGAGAGCCCUGCAAGCUCUGAUUCAAGAUCAAUAUAUCAUAGUCUCUGUUUAGAUGAUAGAGGGCAGCCAGUUAGUAGGGCCUUUGCAGCUGGAGGUUUUGGGGAAUCUGUGGUUGAACAACAGGGAAUUGGGUCUCAACCAAAACUAGUGACUAAUCUAAAUCAUGAAGUUGGAAACCCUCCGUCAGAGGGCAAUAGAUUAGCACAGAAUGUAGAGGGUUACUAUGCCAAGGAUAGGAUUAUUCACCAAAGGCCAGAAAAUAUCGAGCAGCCUAGGAUUCCAGUUUCACAAGGUUCGGUAGGAGUGACUGGAGGUAUUCAAUCUCCUUAUGGGGUCCUUGUGGGUACCAUUCCACAAACAUCCCCUGAUAUUGCAGUCCAGCCAGUCCUUGCUUCAAGUCAAUACCAAGUUACACAGGAAUCUAUGAUGAGAAAACCGACUAAUGUUGACGUUCCUGCAACUGGAGGCUUGCCUUUGCAGACAUCUGAUUAUGUGCUGCAAGAAUCUCCAAAAGAUAUUUCUGGUAAUUUUCCUGUCUCAGCUCCUUUUGAAGAUAACACCAAGCCUGUUCAUGACCAUCUCAAACAGAUUGAUGGGAGGAUUGAGAAUCUCCGGAUAAGCCCUGCUGACGUGUUACCCAUCAGUGAGCAGAGUAAAUCGCCAACUGAUAAUCCCAUAAAAGAAGAGAUCUUGGACAAUAGAUCCCAGCAGGUUGUUGGGAGGGAGGCAUAUUUAGAUGCCGCCUUUAGCAAACCAAAAGCUGUUCUUGAUGCGAACAACUCAAGGUUAAAUGACAUCUUGCCUAUUUCUUCAACUGAGGUUCCUUAUGUGCAGAAAUUGCAGCAGUCAGAACGUUAUGAGGUAGCACAGCCUCCUCUGGCAGGUGAUCUUGGGAUGUAUGGUCAUUCAAAACUUGGCGUAAAUUUGGUUCCAGAUGAGAUAUUGUGCAAUAGUGCUUUCUCUGGUGUUGAUUCAGCUCAAUUAUCUGAAAGAAAUGCUACUGUGGGUGAAUGGAAGGAAAAUGCUCCACGAUACCACCCGAAUAUUGUCUCUGGUGGUAUUGAAGCUGUUCAAUCAGAUGGAAGUACCCUGUCAUCUGUAUCUCCAUCUUAUAGGAUAGGAGAUUUGCCAGACAGCUCAAACUCACUGUUUAGCAACCAGGACCCUUGGAAUUUGCGGCAUGAGACGCAUUUCCCUCCACCUAGGCCUAUUAAAAUUCAAAUAAAGAAGGAAUCUUUUGGUCCUAGGGAUGCUUCUGGCGAGAAUCGUUUUGACAAUGGUGAAUUGUUGAUGGGCAGUAGCACGGGCUUGGUCACAGAUUCGAGGGCAGAGGAUAGAGUUGCCCAUCCCUCAGGCAAUCUGAUCAUAGAUGUAAAUUCAGAGCAUUCACGGCCCAGUAAAGGUUCAGCUGAGGAACUGAUCAAGCAAGAACUUCAGGCUGUUGCUGAGGGUGUAGCAGCUUCUGUCCUUCAAUCUUCUCUGCCUUCAAAUCCUGAUUUAUCAGGACACGGGAGGAGUGAAUCACCUUCUACAAGCGUUGAAACCAACGAAGUUAACAAUAUUGAUAAAGGAGGAGUGCUGAAUUUAGAUAAAAUUGAGGAAAUCAAGGCCAAAUUGCCGGAGAAGAUAAAUUUUGGGUUCCCUAUUUCAGAUGGCCUUGGCCGCUUACAGAUUAUUAAGAAUAGCGAUCUUGAAGAGCUAAGAGAAUUGGGUUCUGGUACUUUUGGUACCGUUUAUCAUGGGAAGUGGAGGGGUACAGAUGUUGCAAUUAAAAGAAUCAAUGAUAGAUGCUUUGCGGGGAAGGCAUCAGAAGAAGAACGCAUGAGAGAUGAUUUCUGGAAUGAGGCAAUCAACCUUGCUGAUUUGCACCACCCAAAUGUGGUUGCAUUUUAUGGUGUUGUGCUUGAUGGACCUGGAGGCUCUGUUGCUACUGUUACGGAAUACAUGGUUAAUGGGUCACUGAGGAAUGCUUUGCAGAAAGGUGACAGGAAUCUUGAUAAGCGCAAGCGUCUUUUGAUUGCUAUGGAUGUUGCAUUUGGGAUGGAAUACUUGCAUGGGAAGAAAAUUGUACAUUUUGACUUGAAAAGUGAUAAUCUAUUGGUAAAUCUCCGUGACCCACACCGCCCAAUAUGCAAGGUUGGUGAUUUGGGGUUGUCAAAGGUAAAAUGUCAGACACUAAUCUCAGGUGGUGUGCGUGGCACCCUCCCUUGGAUGGCACCAGAGCUUCUUAAUGGGAGCAGUAAUCUGGUCUCUGAAAAGGUUGAUGUAUAUUCCUUUGGAAUAGUGAUGUGGGAACUAGUUACUGGUGAAGAACCAUAUGCAGACUUGCAUUACGGCGCUAUUAUUGGUGGUAUUGUGAGCAACACGCUGCGCCCGCCUGUGCCAGAGUCUUGUGACCCAGAUUGGAAGUCACUCAUGGAAAGGUGCUGGUCAGCAGAGCCAUCAGAAAGACCAAGUUUCACUGAGAUUGUAAAUGAAUUGCGGUUGAUGGCAUCCAAACUUCCCCCAAAAGGACAAAACCAGCAGCCGGUUUCCUCCAAGCAACCUCAAGUUAAAAGCUGAAUUUCCUGGGAACUCUCUUAUUUUAUUGAAAAGUUGUACACAAGUUUCAGAUUUAGGCUAAACUCAUACAUUUUGGUUGGAAUAGUCGACCAGUUUUAACUCUUUUGGUUUCGCAACUAGUGUCUCUGGUUGAAAAGAGUGAAUGCAUUGGGGAACGUUCACUUUUCUCGGCUUGUUGCACAUUUCUGGACUUGUUACAGUAUUGGCUCUUCUACUACUCAAAAGCCAUGGGAAGAGUCCAGGAUUUUGCUGCCACAAUACUUGUGAGAUAGAUCAUCUUAUAAUUGUUGCUUA